CUACUACUACUACUACUAAUAUUACUCUCGACUAAUCACUUAGUACUACACUACUACACUACUGCAAAUUUAUGUAAGCCAGCAACCAUAGAUAAGUGUCGUGCCCGUGCCAAACUUGCACCCACAAAAUUUGUCGGUGGACGAAUAUUUCAGACAUUUAACCAGAGUAUACUAUACCAUAAAUUUAUUAAAUAUUACCAAUAAUUACGACAUUUUCUAUAGUAAACUAUAGUUUAUAAAAUAUUAGUGAAUUAUAAAUUAAUAAACUUAAUUAUUCACUAUGGGUAUUCCUAAAUUUUUUAGGUUUAUAUCGGAAAGAUGGCCAUUAAUUUCUCAAUUAAUUGAUGAGAAUCAAAUUCCAGAAUUUGAUAAUUUAUAUUUAGAUAUGAAUUCAAUUUUACAUACUUGUACUCAUUCAAAUGAUGGAUCAAUAAGUCGAUUAACUGAUGAUCAAAUGUAUGCCGCAAUAUUUCAAUAUAUUGAACAUUUAUUUGAAAUUAUUAAACCAAAUGAAGUAUUUUAUAUGGCAAUUGAUGGAGUUGCACCUCGAGCUAAAAUGAAUCAACAACGAGCUAGAAGAUUUAGAACUGCUUAUGAAGCAGAAGAAAAUUUAAAGAAAGCCAUUGAAAAUGGUGAACCAAUUCCUAAGGAUGAUCCAUUUGAUUCAAAUGCCAUUACUCCUGGUACAGAAUUUAUGGCAAAAUUAACGGAUAAUUUAAAAUAUUUUAUUCAUAAAAAGAUUAGUGAAGAUUCUAAUUGGGCUAAAAUUAAAAUUAUUUUAAGUGGUCAUGAAGUUCCUGGAGAAGGAGAACAUAAAAUUAUGGAAUUUAUUAGAUCUACAAGAUCACAAGAUGAUUAUAAUCCAAAUUCAAGACAUUGUAUUUAUGGAUUAGAUGCUGAUUUAAUUAUGUUAGGAUUAGUAAGUCAUGAUCCUCAUUUUGCUUUAUUAAGAGAAGAAGUUACUUUUGGACCCAAAAGAGGAGGAUCUAAUUCAAAUGGAUCAAAAGAUCUUAAUGAUCAAAAAUUUUAUUUAUUGCAUUUAUCAUUAUUAAGAGAAUAUUUAGAAUUAGAAUUUGAAGAUUUAAAGGAUCAAUUAUCAUUUGAAUUUAAUUUUGAAAGAUUAUUAGAUGAUUUUAUUUUAAUUAUGUAUGUUAUUGGGAAUGAUUUCUUACCAAAUUUACCAGAUUUAUUUAUUAAUAAGGGGGCAUUUCCAUUAUUAAUUGCAACAUUUAAACAAACUUUAAAACAAUCUGAUGGUUAUAUUAAUGAACAUGGAAAAAUAAAUUUAAGACGAUUAAAUAUUUGGUUACACUUUUUAGCCGAAUUUGAAUUAGAAAAUUUUGAAAAGCAAGAAGUUGAUGUUGAAUGGUUUAAUAAAAAAUUAGAUGAUAUUUCAAUUUCUGGUGAAAAGAAACGUCAAAGAAUUGGGAAAUUAUUAAUAUUAAAGGAUGAAAAAAAAUUAAUUGGAUUUAUUCAACCAUGGUUAAUGGAAAUUUCUAAUCAUUCAGUUGAAGAAUUAAUUAAAUUAGAUCAAAUUGGUAAUUUAAAAACUUUAAAAUUACCUAAAGAUGAAGUGAUUAGACAUUUAGAAUUUAUUAAACAAUUUGCCAUUGAAGUUGGUAUACUUAUAAUUCAUUCAAAAUCUAAUGAUACUUAUGAAGCUAAACUUGAUAUUGAUGGUUUAAGUCCUUAUGAAUCAUCUGAAGAAUUUCAAGAUCGAAUUAGUGAAAUUAGAAAAACCAUUAAAAAAUAUCAAUCAGCUAAUUUAAUUGAUACUGAAGAAUUAUUAACUACUACUAAAGAUAUUUAUAAUUCAAGAUUUAUUAAUUGGAAAGAUGAUUAUUAUAAAGAUAAAUUACAUUUUUCAAUUAAUGAUCAUGAAGAAAUUAUAAAAUUAACUAAACAUUAUGUAGAAGGUUUACAAUGGGUAUUGUAUUAUUAUUAUCAAGGAGUUCCCUCAUGGAAUUGGUUUUAUAAAUAUCAUUAUUCUCCUCGUAUUUCUGAUAUUUCAAUUGGAUUAGAACAAUUAAUUGAAGAAGGAGGAGAUAUUACUUUUGAAAAAUCUAUUCCAUUUAAACCAUUUGAACAAUUAAUGGCUGUUUUACCGGCUAGAUCAAGAAAAUUAAUGCCAGUAGUUUAUAGAAGUCUUAUGACGGAUGAAAAAUCUCCUAUUAUUAAUUUUUAUCCUCAUGAAGUUGAUAUUGAUAUGAAUGGUAAAACUGCAAGUUGGGAAGCAGUUGUAUUACUUGAUUUUGUUGAUGAAAAGAAAUUAAUUGAAGUAUUAAAACCAGUUGAAAGUAAAUUAACUCCUGAAGAAACCAAGAGAAAUUCAUUUGGAAAUUUAAUUCAUUUUAUUCAUAAUCCUCAAAUUGAUUAUAUUUAUCAAUCUCCAUUACCAGGAUUCUUUCAAAAUAUUGAACAUGAUAAAUGUUAUGAAGAAGUAUAUAAUUUACCACCUAUUAAAGAUUUAAAAAUUGGAUUUAUUGAAGGAGCUAAAACUGGUAAAGAAUUAUUAGCUGGGUUCCCAUCAUUAUCUACAGUUCCAUUUAAAUCAGAAUUAAAAUUAGGUGAAGUUAAAGUAUUUCAAUAUCCAUCUAAAUCAGAAUCAAUGAUUCUUAGUCUUGAUAAUGUAUGGGAAGAUUUAACUACAUUUCAAUUUAGUCAACAAUUUAUUAAUAAAUUGGUUUAUAGUAAAUGGCCAUUUUUAAGAGAAUGUAAAAUUAUUAAAGUUGAAGAUAAAGAAAAUAAAUAUGAAUUAAUUAAUCGAAAAGUGGGAGCCAUUCCCUUAAGUAUUGAUGAAUUAAAAGAUUAUAAAUCGGAAAUUUCUAAUAUGAAAUAUUUAUAUGAAAAGACUAAGGGGAUUAUUUUAGGUAAUGUAGAUACUUUGGUAUAUGUUCAACCAGUUAAUGGAUUAAUUAGAACUUCCAAGGGAGCAUAUGUUAAGACAUUUGCUAAAGAAAUUGAAGUAUAUCCAUUACAAUUAAUUGUUAAAGAAGUUACUAAUAAAGAUGAAAGAUUUGCUAGUAGACAACCAUUACCAAUUGAAGAAGAAUUCCCCAUUGGAUCUCAAGUAGUAUUCUUGGGAGAUUUUGGAUAUGGAUCUCCAGCACAAAUUGUUGGAUAUAAAGAUGAUACAUUUGGAAUUAAAAUCUCCAGAAUAUCCACAAUUUCUGAACCAUCAAUUGGUAAAGAUCGUCAAAAACUUGAAGAACGAGAAUUUAAAUAUUAUCCAUCAUUUGAAGUUGGAAAGAAAUUAAGAAUUAAUUUACUUUUACUUUCAAGAAUUACGAGUCUGUUUAUGAUUACUGAAAAGAAUCAAAAGAUUAAUAUUGGAUUAGAAUUAAAAUUCGAUGGUAAACGAUUAAAAGUUUUAGGCUAUACUCGUAAAAAUGGUAAAUAUUGGGAAUUUUCUCCAUUAGCUGUUGAUUUGAUUAGUCAAUAUCAAAAGAAAUUCCCUUCAUUAUUUCAAAAUUUAAGUAAAUUACAAGGUCGAGAUAUUCCUAAAGCAUCAGAAUUAACUAAUCCUAGUGAAUUAGAAGAAAUUAGAAAAUGGUUAAAGGAAGUUAAACAAGAUUUAAUUUUAGCUUCAUUAGAAAGUGAAUCAUUAACUAAAUUUAGUUUUCAAGCCAUUGAAGAUUAUAUGAUUAAUUUACCUCCUUUAAAACAUAUGAAUCGAGAUAUUAAGGGAGUUCCAAAAGAUGCUAUAUUAAAUCCAAGUGAAAGUUAUCAAUUAUUAGCUGAUCAAAAAUUCGAUUUAGGUGAUCGAAUUAUUUAUGUACAAAAUUUUGGGAAAGUACCUAUUUUAUCAAAGGGUACAGUAGUUGGAUUUACUACCAUUGGAUCUAAAACUUCUUUAAGUAUUAUAUUUGAUCAUUCAUUAUUAAGUGGUAUAACUUUUGGAGGUAAAUUAAAAACCAAUAGAGGUUUAACUAUCGAUUCAUCUUUGGUAUUAAAUUUAACUAAUAAACAAUUUGUUUAUCAUAGUAAAGCUUCAAAAUCUAGAAAACCUUUAAGUGAAGAAGAAAAAGUGGCUAGAAUUAGACAUAAACAAUUGGCUGAAGAAAGAGCUAAACAAGACCAACAAAAGAGAGAUCAAGAGAUUAAAUCUAAAGCAUCUCAUGAAAUCUUAUCAUUAUUAAAAUCUAAUGAUGGAGAUACUAAGAGUGAACAAGAAGAAGUUAGAUCUCAAUUUAGUGAAGAUGGAAUUCCUAAUAGUCAAGCUAUUCAACGAGUGUAUGGUCAAAUUUAUAAUAAUGUUAUGAGUAAAGGUCAACCGGUGGCUCCUGUUCAUUUACCUUUCCCUCCUCCACCUCCUGGUGCUGGUCCUGGUCCUGGUCCUGGUCCUUAUGGUAUUCCGGUUGUUCCAGGGAUUCCUUUACCUCCUCAAUUCUUUCAACAUGGAGCUCCCGUACCUCCCCCUCCUGGAGUAAUUCCUUCGCGUUUCCCACCUCAAGUUCAGACUCCACAACAACCAGUAAAUGUUAAUUCUGAAACUCGUAGUGAUGGAAAUGGAAAAUCUCGUGGAGGUUCUAAUAGAGGUAGAGGAGGUUAUCGUGGUAGAGGAAAUAGCAAUAGUAAUAACAGUAAUGGCCAUCGUGGAGGUAGAGGUGGACAUAGAAGUCAAGCCAAUAAGGAAGUCGAAGCCAAAUGAGUUGAGUUUAUAUUAACUAUAUACAAGUAAUAAAUGAUA